AUGGACGCAGAGAUGGCUUCCUGGAAGUCCACAGGCACCUACGUCGACGAGGUUCCCCCACAUGGGGCGAACAUCGUCAGUGGCAUGUGGAUUUUCAGGGUGAAGCGGCCGCCGGGUUCUCCGCCUGUCUUCAAGGCGCGUUACGUGGCUCGAGGCUUCAGUCAGCGGCAGGGAGUUGACUACUUUCAGACCUUCUCUCCCACCCCGAAGAUGACCACUCUUCGGGUACUGCUGCACAUAGCCGCUCAGCGCGACUACGAGCUUCACUCUCUUGACUUCAGCACUGCUUUCCUACAGGGCAGCCUGCACGAGGAGAUCUGGCUGCGCCGCCCACCGGGCUUCACUGGGUCGUUUCCUCCUGGUAUCGAGUGGAGCCUCCGGCGGCCAGUCUACGGUCUCCGCCAGGCGCCCCGUGAGUGGCACGACACACUGAGGACUACACUUGCGGCACUUGGGUUUGCUCCUUCUACUGCCGACCCGUCGCUAUUUCUACGCACUGACACCUCUUUGCCGCCGUUCUACAUCCUCGUGUACGUCGACGACUUGGUCUUUGCUAAUGCUGACACUGCUGGACUCGCCCACGUGAAGUCCGAGCUGCAGAAGAGACACACGUGCACAGACCUGGAGCACAUGGCUGCAGCGAAGAGGGUGUUGCGCUACUUGUGCAGUACGUCGGGCAUGGGGCUCGUGCUUGGAGGGCGGAGUUCAGUGGUCCGCACUGGUCACGCAGACGCGUCUUGGGUUGACCACCUGGCUACGCAGCGGUCGUCACAGGGUUACACCUUCAGCCUUGGUUCCGGCUCUGUUUCGUGGCGGUCUACCCGCUCGUCUUCUGUUCUCAGCUCCUGCUGUGAGGCUGAGAUCUACGCAGGGGCCAUGGCUGCAUAG